AUGUCCCGGGCACCUGUGUUUAGGUUCCCUGCACCGGAUGACGCUGUCGCCUUCGUUCAAAGGUUGCCCGAGCUGCAGGCGGCGUUGAUUAGACAGGCGGAGUCCACCAGCCAUCGCGCUCGUGUCAAGACCCUGACACCACAUAUCGUCGGGGCAGAUGUGCACCUCCAUUUUGACUACACUUGCGGCGACGCAGUGGGGCAAAAUAUGGUGACUAUCGCUACUCAGCGGGCGUGUGAAUGGCUUAUGGAGCCACCCCGGCGUAUGGAGUAUGGGAUCCUAGACGUCCAGGUCGAAGGCAACAUGUCAUCGGAUAAAAAGCCGUCCUGGGGGAAUGUGAAGACACCACGCGGGGUUCAGGUCAUGGCUUGGACGUCUAUCUCCGAGUCGGCCUGUCAAGCCGUCUUCGGCUGCACGCCCGAAGUUCUCUAUACCUCACAUCAAAGACUGCAAGCAGGCGCUAUCCGCAAUGGUAUGCAUGGGAGCAACGUCAAUACCGCCAAUAUCUUGGCCGCUAUUUUCAUCGCUGCCGGACAGGACGCAGUCAGUAUAGCCGAAGCUUGCUGGUCGCAUACGGUUCUGGAGUAUGACCGUCCGAAUCAGUACCUUAAGGCCUCUGUUUACUUCCCAUCUCUACCAGUUGGGGUGGUCGGAGGAGGUACGUCAUAUCAAACACAGCAAGAGGCGCUCCGGAUCAUGAAAUGUACCGGAUCCGGAGGGAAACUUCGUCUGGCCGGCAUAAUUGCUUCCUUUGCACUCGCUCUCGAUCUGAGCACGGCUGCUGCCCUCGGAAACAACACCUUUUCUCAGAGUCAUCAACGGCUAGCGCGCCAAACACCGAUGAGCAUUCAUGCUGGAUCCAAGAUAUAA